CAAGCAACUGCAAUGGGCAGGAGAAGGUAGAAAGGAGGUUCCAGAUCAAGUAUUCUAUGAAGAUUUAUAACUACAACUACCUGAUGCCCACAGCUAUUCUGUUGGUACUCCUUUGUACAAAAAUGCUGUCAAUAAAGGAUGUGUUCAGGCAACGAGUACUAAUGUGCAAAUUGAAGUAUGAAGCUCAGGUAAAAUUUACAGAAAGAUUCAGGACACUAAGAAUAAGCCGGUUCUUCCAGACUCUGAAGUUCUAA